CACUCCGUCCGCUUCGGAUAAAUCCUGUACAAAAACCGUACAAAACGAUCGGAAAAGUAUGUGCGUAGCAUACCAUUAAGAUUGACUUCUGUGAUUUUUAAUGCAAUAAAUUGUGCGAUGAAACACAAAGAAUCUUAAUAGAUAAUUCUCAAAAGGUAGAUUUUUUUUGAAUUAAGGGACGAAGUGUUUACUUGUUCCGCGAAAUUUUACGAUUGGCGCGUUUCGAAUCCUCGUGGCCAAUCAGCGCGUGAUUCUCGAAUCGUGUUCAAAACAAAACAGUAUGGCCGAUAUUACGCACAACGGGAAGUAAACCGGGAUGCGUUGAUGAAACUUGAUAUUAAUUAAAGUCGCGGUUAAUUUUUGUUGUUGACAUGAUCCUCGUACUGUUCCACGUGCUUUACUUCUUCGGUAAAUUCGUGUAUCAGAGUUAUCGAACUAAGCGAAGAGCUAUAAAGGAUGAGACGAUCGGCACGGAGAAACGGUUCAAUGUUAGUGAUGCAGAUUUCAUGCUCAGAGAUUGUGAAGUGCGUCAAGAUUUCGAGCAAAAAUCUAUCAAGUUUUUCCCUCCAGCGUACGUACAAAGAUACGUUGCCGUCAUCGAUGUGCUCAGGAAUUCGAUGUAUCAGGGAAAACUACGCAAGGUUGUCGAUUUCGGAUGUGCGGAGCUCGAUUUCUUGGUUUAUAUGAAAAACACUCAGGGUAUCGAGGAAAUAUUAUGCGUGGAUAUUGAUAGAACACUGUUAGAAUCAUUUGAGAACAAGGCCGCUCCGUUGGUCUGCGAGUAUUUAAACACGAGGACUGCGCCUCUUGUGAUCGAAGUAUGCGAAGGUAGCGUGACCCUGAACGACAAGAAGCUGGAAAACACAGACGCCGUGAUUUGCAUAGAAUUGAUCGAGCAUUUGUAUCCAAACGAACUGACAGACCUUCCUCACAACAUUUUCGGAUACAUCCAGCCGAAAUUGGUAGUGAUAACAACGCCAAACGCAGACUUCAACGUGUUGUUCCCAAACUUUUCUGGGUUCAGACAUCCUGACCAUAAAUUCGAGUGGACUAGACAGCAAUUUCAAGACUGGGCAGAAAACGUUACUUCGAGAUACCCGGACUAUGAGGUGAAGUUCGACGGGAUUUGUAAAGGCCCGGAAGGUACAGAACACUUGGGAUGUUGCAGCCAAAUGGCAAUCUUCGAACGCGUCACCGACAAAGAGAUUUACAGCAGAGGCAUCGAAGGUUUAUUCAAGACGGUGGCAAGAUACGAAUAUCCGUUUCGGGUAGACAAUCGUUCGGACGAAGAGAAGAUUCUCGACGAAGCUACCUUUUACAUUAGACAGCUGUCAACGUACAAUAUAGAGGACGAGGCGAUGGAGGCAAUAUCGCUCGAACAAUUAGUAGACAUGUUGAAGAGAUCUUUUCACGUUUCGAUGGAAUCGUUGAAGACGAUCUUAGAGGAAGCUAACUGGACGAUCGAAGAUCGUGGAUUAGGACCGGUCGUAGUCGUACCUGAGCGGACGUAUUCUGAUUAUGAUCUGAUGGAUGAUGAUGUCCAGUGGAACGAUAACUAUUCCGGCUCAGACGGAAACUCCUGGACUCAAGAGCCUGGACCACCUAUAAACUCCAGAUAUGCACAUCCAGACUCAAGCACAUGGUACAGUGAAAAUUGGGAUCAAGAACCGAGUAUUAUCAUACCGCAAAACGAUCCUGCCCGAGAAGACAAUACUGAUCUGUUCGACAACGAAAACGUUUUAUUGUUAGACAGUGCAUCCGAGGUGAUGAUCGACACUGAAACCGUCGCAGAAACCGCUGAAAUCAGUAGAGAAAAUUUAAACCCGUUGCCUAGUGUAGAUAGCUUCAGCAAUACGUUAGCCGACUCUUCCUAUGGACGCGAAUUCGAAGAAGAUACGAGACAAGACUCGCUCCUCGAAACAACGACGGGCACUCGGGAUGGCGUCGCGUUCAACUCUGUACGAAAACUCAACCGCACGUUAGACGUUCCACUGUACAUGUCUGUUUCGCGCGCGUCUACCUCGCCCGAGCCGUACCUUUUACAGACCGUUCGAGUCGAUCAACGUUUGCAAGACAAUAGUAUGUGCGAUCAAAGUAUGAGUAAUCAAUGGAUGUUAAAUAAUUCGCUUGAACAAAAGGUUAUCAUGGAAGCGAGCGAGGACGAACGUCAAACGUCGAAGGGAAGCAAUUCGAACGACGAGGAUCAUUCCUUACAUCGCAUCUGUUUGAAUACAUCGUACAAUGAAAUGGAAGAUUCCGAUGUCGAACGUGUAAACGUUAACACUAGUGAAAAUGCAAUUUGUCUCGGUCGAGAGCAGACACUAAGUAUUCAACGAGACAGCGAAACGUCGAAAAAUGAGCAUAUAAAGUUGAACACCGUUCCUAGUACUAAUACAUUGAUAGAAAGUAGCCCACAAUUUACAAGUUCGCCGAAGAUCCAGGCUAAACCGAAUACAAUGAGUAAAAAGCGUAGGUCCCUCGAUUAUAAAGGGUCGAAAAGCGACAAUAGUUCCUCCAACGCGACAGGUUUGACGACUUCUUCUAACGAUUCGUUAGGCAUCAGUAGGGAGAUAUCUCCGCGAAACAGUAAGAGUGUACACAUAUCUACGGCGACAACGUCUAGUUUCAGCGAUCGUGACGGUUAUACAUAUCUCGAUGAAACUGGAUUGACAAAUAAUUCCAACGAUACGCUUACGAGUAGCGAUACGUCGACGAUAGGUUCUACGUUCAACGUCAACAAAGGGACGACAGAAGAAUUGUCUGAUUCGGAUUCUUUGAGCAAUGAGAGGAACAAGUCGGUAAAUAAUCCGGACACUUCUAUCGCAGACACGUCAGUAGAAGAUCGAGCAAUCUUGCAUUUAUCGAAUGGUGCAGAAUCAUCAAAUUGUGAUACAGAAACUCCUUUAACGAAUCGAGAGUCUCGCGUCGAUUUCACUUUCGAUAUCAAGACUGAAUCAGAAUCUGAAUCGCUUGACGAUCGCUAUUCGAGAAUGAAACGUGUAAAUAGUACUGGAACGUGUCGUCAUCAGGCCAAAGAUGUUAGCGUAGAAAACAGACCCCUCGAGUCCAACGAGAGCGCAAGGGAUGCUCAAUCAGUAUUAAAAAGUGAGAAAUGUAAGAUUAGAGACCCAAAUGCUAUUUCGAUAGAAAUAAUAGAAAGCAUCGAGUUGAAACCUUCCUCUCCGGAAACAGAAACACCGUCGACCAGUUGGUCCCCGGAAGUAAUGGACUCCGGUUACCCAAACACAGCCUCCGCUCAGGAUAUGACGCCUGAAUUCGAUCUGUCGAGCAUAGCGCAGGAUCAUAUAUCCGAUUCCGAGCCACCCAGCAUAGCAGAGGCUCCGAGGCUCGAAGCUCUCGAGGUUGUCCAAGUUGAAAACGGCGAUCUUGCUAACAAUAAUAGAGACGGUGAAGGUAACAACAUGAUGGCUGCAGAAUUAAAUGAUUUAGAAGAUUUGCAGCCGUUGAUCGACGUGCUCGAAAAUGAUAUUGAAAACGAGAAUGAUAUUUACGUUCUAGAGAAUGGUUUCCCCAUAUGGUUGCUAAGAAUCCUUAACAUGGCUAAUCCUCUCGACGUUGAAAUGCGCAUGCAAGAACGCAGGGAGCUUAGACUCGAGAACAGAGCACCAGCAGAUGACGAUGCAAGAAACGUGAACGCGGAACACGACGAAGGGUUCAAUAGCAGCGCCGAAGAAGACAGUGAUUUAGAAAAUAAUGAGAUGAGAGGCAACGCGAACGUUGCCGAUGAAAACGUCUUGAUGGACAAUGCCGAAGAUGUUUCGAACAGCGAUAGCGGAAGUGAACAGUGGGCCGGUGACACGUGAUACCGUUCGAAAUAAUAAGUCUAGACGAAUCGACAUAUCUCGCUCUGACACGCUUGCAAAGUCUGAAGGUAGAAGUUGAAAGGUAAUGUUAUCGAAGUGUACUUUUUUCGUUUUUCGUAUUUUUUUUUUGGUCUGUCUCGAGACACACUUGAGGUUAAGGUUUCUGAAGAGCAUUGCUUUCGUUAGAGGAAAAAUUACCUUCCUCUUUUUCGUAUCAUUGAUCUCGCGUUAUCGCAGAAAAGCAAACUCGUAACACAUUCGUCUUCGCGUCUCUCAUAUCGAGGAGUUACUUUCCAUUCGGUGAACGUGAGACAAUAUUUCAGUACUUUAUAUAUCUAUACGCCGUUGUAUACUACGAAUUUGAGAUUUCCGUGUUUAAAAAACAUAUAUAUAUAUAUAUUUUCUUACGAUUUUCACGAGUCUCGUCGCGUUAUUUAUUAAGUGAUCGAAUAGAAUUUUCCGAGGUCCUACUUUAGCUGUGUAUGAUUUAAGAAAGUUUAUUCACAUGUUACGUUUGCACUUAUUUUCGCUGAAUUAAUAAAACAUUGGGUUGAUUUGUAA